AUGUUUGCAAAGAAAUCUGGAUUUGUCAUCCCCAAAAAUAAGCUAUCAGGUUCUCUGGUUCCUAUACAUCGAGGAACUAAAAAGGGCGAUGCUGAAUUGGUGAAUGAGGAAGCUACUAAUCAGGUGGCCAGGAAAACCAAAUGGGGACCUGAUUUAAGUCUGGAUACCUGUGUUCGGAAAGGGAGGGCCUUGGCGUAUCAGACUCGGAUCAACCAAAUAUCAGAACAGCUGACCCUAGGGACAACGGAACUUGAAAGGCAUUGCGACUCAUUAUCUAUGUCGGACCAUCAGUUUAGUAAAGAGGAAUCAGAUUUGCUGGAACUUGAAAGGCGUGAAAUAAUUGGUGAAGUACUAAAGUUAAACCCAGCAUAUAAGGCUCCUGCUGAUUACAAACCUCUGCUAAAAGAAGUGAAAGUUCCAAUUCCUAUCAAAGAGCAUCCUGGGUACAAUUUCAUUGGCUUAGUAUUUGGCCCUGCUAAUGAUACUCAAAAGAGACUGGAAAAGGAAACAGGAGCUAAAAUACAAGUGUAUGGGAUAAAAUCAGAUGCAAGAGGGAAGGUCGAGAUUACUCCUACUGACGGAAAAGAAAUCGACAAUGUGUAUCAGGAUCUCUAUGUACAGGUGUCAGCCGACACAUUCGAAAAAAUUGAUGCAGCUGUGGCUUUGAUUGAACUGUUACUCACGACAGUUUCGGUGAAUCCUGUGCCAUCUUCGACUACACCGACCUCAGUUCCAGAUACUAUGAAUACAAAUCAGAAAAUGCUCUCCCCUAUUAUAUCACCUGCAUCAACAAACCAAGGAACAACUCAGCCACCACCUCCACAAGGACAAUUACCACAAUAUCCUCAACAAUGGAUUCCUCCAAAUCAAGCUCACGCUCCAACGUUUUUUCCAACCUCUUCCAGCCCGUCUGCUCCCUUAAUUGCCCAAGUGUCUUCCUCGCCUCUUACUCCCACAGCAGCAAUGCCUUCGCUAUUCGGGAUCCGACCAGCCAUAGCAUCAAGUUUUAGUCCCGACUUGCAAAACCCUUCUGUUUUUCCUUCCAGACCUCAGACUGCUGUGCAGCCACCGUACAUGCCUCUCGGCCAAACAGAAGGGCCUAGAAAUAUUCCUGGGCCUUCCCUAUCUGGGCUUUCUUAUAAUGUACCUUCCCAUGGACAUAAUAAUAACGCCAUGGCUCCUCAGGACAUGGUUGUAUCCAUGGCCCCAACAGUGAGUAUCCCUAACAAGAUGGCCAUGCCACAGUUUGGCCCGCCCCAGCCCGAAACUCUACACUUUACAAUUCAACCCUCUGUGGCCCAACCAAUUCGUCCUGGAGGUCAGCCUAUGCCUUUCCCUCAAUCUUCAGCACCAAAUUCUAUCUUCAGAGAUUCUCAGAGUUUUGAUACUGUAAAACCUAGUCAGACAAGACCUCAGCAAUCGGGUUCUGGCGAUUUCACUUUUCAGCCCCACAAUCGCCCGCCAAAUGCAGCUUCUCAGGUUUGGCAAAGCAAUCAACUGGCUCCUUACAGUGAGAGACCCCACCACCCCAUGUUGAGGCCAGGGAUGGGUAAUUUGAACCCCUCGGUUGUUCAGGGUUUUCCUAGGCCUCAGAUUAAUCACCCUAGGGCUCUGAUUGAAAUGAACUUUGCUGGAAACCCGGCUGCCCCUCAUCCUCACCUGAUGAUGCCUACAGCUUCACAUAUGCAACCGAGGAAUUUUAUCCAUCAGCCCCCCAUGAAUAACCGGCCUGGCCCUUUUCCAACGAGACCAAUGCACAUUUUGGAAAAUCCCGUCCGGCCACACCAAAGGUUUUCAAGUCCAUAUCAGCAUUUUGGGAGCCAACCUGGACGACCGUUUUCUGGGCCGUCUGGUGGCCAGCAAGUAUAUGAUCCUUUCUCUCCUAGUUCGGUGCCUUUUAAUCCUCAAAUGCGUGGUAAAAUGAGGGCACAGGGGGGGAGUGAUCCAGAGUAUGAGGACCUCAUGGCUUCUGUCGGUGUUCAAUGA